AGGCCGGGAGUUAGAAGGUUUAGGCUCUAAUCCAGGUUCCGCCAUCUCGUCUGCUGUGUGACGUCCAGCAGGUCACUUCACUCUGAGCCUCAGAUUUCCUCCCCAGUAGAAUAGGGCUAAUAACAGCUACAGCGCAAAGCUGCUGUGAGGCACAGAGACAGGAAGCUUUGGGUUCCAGGUUCUGGACCCUCAUCUCCCUCACAGUUGAGGGAUGCCCAAGGAAACAGGAAAGGGUGUUCCUGGAUUGUUCCAUGUAAGGGUCACCCUCCCGCCCCCCAAAGUAGUUGAUCGUUGGAACGAGAAGAGGGCCAUGUUCGGGGUGUAUGACAACGUUGGGAUCCUGGGAAACUUUGAAAAGCACCCCAAAGAACUGAUCAGGGGCCCCAGAUGGCUUCGAGGCUGGAAGGGGAAUGAAUUGCAGCGUUGUAUCCGAAAGAAGAAAAUGGUUGGAAAUCGGAUGUUCAUUGAUGACCUGCACAACCUUAACAAACGCAUCAGCUAUCUCUACAAACACUUUAACCGACAUGGAAAGUAUCGGUAGAAGAGAAAGCUGGGAGCUGUGGAAGAGGCACAUCUAUCCCCCAGCAGAAGAGGGACAGUACUUUCCCUUAAGAGGAAAGGGAUUUGUAUGCUCUCUGUAAUAAAAUGGAGCUUCUUUGGAA